CCCCCCCUCCCCCCCGCCCGCGUCCCCCGCUCGCCCCGGCCGCUCGCGCAGCUGCUCGGCUCUCGCUAUAUAAAGGGGCGAAGCGGGCAGAGCGGGCGGCUGGCGGCGGCGGCUGCAGCCCCGGGGCCGGCGAGCGAGGCCGGGCCGAGGCCGCGGGGUGUCUGCCCGUGAGCCGGGGGCUCGGGAGGCGCGGGCUCUGGGGGGACGCAGCCGGGCAGGUUUUAUUGUUUUAGGGGCGUACUCACCCCCCCCCACACCCCCCCACCCCACCGCGGUUGGGGGCGUCCCGGGGGGCUCGGGACAUGGCGAGCUCGACUAACACAAACCCCGUGCCUAAAUUGUACAGGUCUGUAAUUGAAGAUGUCAUCAAUGAUGUCAGAGAAGUUUUUCUGGAUGAAGGAGUGGAUGAACAAGUUCUUAUGGAACUCAAAACACUGUGGGAGAACAAGCUGAUGCAGUCCAAGGCUGUAGAUGGCUUCCAUUCAGAAGAGCAGCAGCUUUUGUUGCAGGUGCAACAGCAGCAACAGCAGCAGCAGCAACAGCAGCAUCAUCACCACCACCAUCACACACAACCUCAGCCGCAGCAGACUGUGCAGCAGCAGUCUCAGCCACAACAGGUCCUUAUUCCAGCGUCUCAGCAAGCACCUCAGCAGCAGGUUAUUGUGCCAGAUUCCAAGCUGAUACCGCACAUGAAUGCAUCAGGCAUGAGUGCCGCAGCCACUGCAGCUACAUUGGCUCUCCCUGCUGGCGUUACUCCUGUUCAGCAGAUACUUACAAAUUCAGGCCAGAUCCUCCAAGUAGUUAGAACUGCAAAUGGAGCUCAGUAUAUCAUUCAGCCACAGCAGCCAGUUGUUCUACAGCAGCAGGUCAUACCACAAAUGCAGCCUGGUGGAGUACCAGCACCUGUUAUACAGCAGGUUUUGGCUCCUAUCCCUGGAGGGAUUCCCCAGCAGACAGGAGUGAUUAUUCAGCCUCAGCAGAUCCUGUUUACAGGAAAUAAAACACAAGUCAUACCUACAACAGUGGCUGCCCCUACACCGGCUCAAGCACAGAUUCCUGCAGCUGGUCAGCAGCAACCACAACAACAACAGGCACAACCACAAGCACCGCUCGUUCUCCAAGUUGAUGGAGCGGGGGACACAUCAUCUGAAGAAGAAGAAGACGAGGAAGAAGACUACGAUGAUGAUGAAGAGGAAGACAAAGAAAAAGAUGGGGGUGAAGAUGGCCAAGUGGAAGAGGAGCCUCUUAACAGUGAAGAUGAUGUGAGUGAUGAGGAAGGACAAGAACUGUUCGAUACGGAAAAUGUUGUUGUGUGCCAGUACGAUAAGAUUCAUAGAAGUAAAAACAAAUGGAAAUUUCAUCUCAAAGAUGGCAUCAUGAAUCUUAACGGAAGAGAUUAUGUAUUUUCCAAAGCCAUUGGGGACGCAGAAUGGUGAAGUUUUAAAAGACAAAACAAAAAAACUCAUGUAAAAGGAAAAAAAAAAUCAAAAGCAGGAAAGGUUGAGACUUGGACGUAUACUCCAAUCAAAACGUGUAUCUGCACAUCAGAAAUAAACAAUAAACAAAAGUAUUGGAACAAAGGUAAAAUGUGGCAACAAAGACACUACUUCAGAUGAGCAAGCCAUGGACUGUAGCAGCUAUAUAGCAUUGUCUGGGAGCUGGUUUUGUGUGUUAGGAAUACCUUAAUUAUCAAUUCUACAUACAGGUACCUACAGCUGGUAUUUAGCAUGUAAGGCUUUGUUCCCUCCCCCCGCCCCUUCUUCCCUUGAUUUAAGAUUUUAAAAUACUUCUUCCACUGAUUGAAGGAACUCUUCCCUUUGAUAGAUUAUUAAUCUGAAAAUGCUUAUUGUGUGUACAAAUCUUUGCUUUGAACACUUCCUUUUGGUAGUGAGGAUGGUCAGAAUGUUACUUAAACUGCGUGCAAGCUUUGUACAGAAGGGUAAGAAUUAAGGUGUUAAAUUUUAAAUAACUUGUAUAAGGAAAAUAUUUUUAAUUCUGAUAUGCUCAUUUAUUAUUAUAUCUAUUUGUUGUUUUCAAUUCAGUUCCCCAUAAACAUGUUGUUGUUCCUAGCAGUUACAAAAUGGUAAAAUGAUCAUUUAUAUUUCAAAAUUAUUUUAAUUUCAUGUAAGUGAUACCUUUUAUUUAGGGCUGUAUUUUUUAAAUACUAAGCACCUGUAGCUCCCCCCAGUGAAAGUCAGAUUGCUUAACUCGUUAAUUAUGUUCUUGCUGUUUGGUGGUGGUUCAGCAUCACUGAACUGAAACCAAUUAUAUAGUUUUCAUUGAUUUUUUUUUUUUUUAAUUUUUUUUUUUAAAAAGGCUUUGGCGACCUCUUGAAUCAAAUGUGCAGGUAAUGGCAUAAUAGAUGCAUUCCUUCACCUGCUUACUACAGACGUAGUCCAGACAUCCACAAAUAAUUCAACAGACCACAAGAAUUUUUAAUACAGAAAAUCACAUAAAAAUUCUAACAUCCUGGCUGCAACUCUUAAUCAAAGAUAGGCUUUACUAAAAAGAGUAGCCAUAAGUUACCUGCAGCAGUUAAUCUCUCUAAAGUUUCCAGGUGGCAUGUGAUCUCAUGAAGAGAGCUGCGCAGCUUUCAGAACACAAAUUUUGUUAGAGUAUCCUUAGGCUGUUUUGGUAACAGAAAGUGAAGCAGUUCAGGUGCACUAAACCUUGUGUAGCCACUUUCUCACUUGCCUUUUCCAGAGGUGUGGUUUUGUGGUGGGGUUGGUUUUUUUGGGCUUUUUUUUGUUGGUGUUUUUUUUUGUUUUGUGAAAAGCAACAAGGUUGCUCCCCCCUCCUUCUCUUCCUCUCCUGAGGAGUGAACACCUUUUCGUCAUGCAUAGGUUAUUCUUGCAAACCCUGCUUUUGGAAGCGCUUUUGAGCGAGGAGAGGGAAUGGGCAUUAUACUUCAGAAACUGUUGAGGAAGGAAUGUUCAUAUGGUUCACCGUUACAAAAAAAAAUGCCAAUGUUACAUUGGAAAGAUGAUGAAAAAAGGACGCAGCAAAGAUGAUUUUAAUUAAAUGGGGGAAGACUUUCAGAAGCAGACAUCUGAAUCAAGACUUCUGACCUUUUUUUGCUUGAGGAUGAAACUUUUUAAACAUUAUUUAACAAAGUCACAAGUAUAUUUUAGCAGUAUAUAACAACUGCUCUAAUUUUCAUUCUCUCUGAUUUACCUGCCUCCAAAUGCAUUCAUAGUCUCAGUAGUACCUAGAAAACUCCAAACACAUCGUAAAGAGGGUUGUUUUCUCUGUGAUUUUGUAGAUCUGUGCUCUCAUUGAUACAGACUAAAACUGCCUGUAGGCUGUGUCUUGAGCCAUAUGGUGUUAGUAAGCCAUCUACAUACAUAAGCUUUAUGAAAACUUAAUUGAUAUUUCUUCUAAUUCAUUCUUAAGUAAUGGAAUCUUCAUUUAGAGUGCGUUUUUUGGUUUGGGGCUUCAAGGUAUCUCUAAGUGAUCGGUGAUUGCUUUCUUCUGAACAAAGCAGGUGUUUUAUUUCUUUACCACUGUUGACACUUCUACGUGCAACCGCAAUGAAAUCAAUAAUGUACCAACUAUUUCCUUCCCUCACCUUUUCCAUAUCUGUUACCAGUAAGUCUUAAGUAGUGGACUUCAGAAAAAUUCCCAUAACGCUGCACAAGCAAACCAAUAAAAGGAAAAAAAAAAUCCCUUCAGCUAUAGAUUCCUGUUUAUACUACUGGAAUCCAGAUUACUUGUACUUUGGUUUUGUAUAUUAGUGAUUUUUUUCCACCCACAUACAUAUACUAGAAGCUGCGUAGCCUUUUUAUUUAUUUUUAAGGGAUAGCAGAACUUUAAAGGUAACUCCAGCUUAGCCUGUUCCGAAGGAUGUUAGAAGCUUUCUGAAGUUGCACAGUUUCUUGCGAGCUAAUUGUAUGGUAUGCUCUUCAAUAAGAAGUUUUGUCUUCAAAUACAAAUACCUGUGAAGUUUUCAGAAAGCCAGUCAAACGUGAACAUACCAAACUGUGCUCUUAUUGCUACAUCAAGUGUUCCUUUUUUUAAAUCAAAAAGCAUGUUUUAAUUUCAUUUUAUUGUAGCAGCUUGCUGUAAGACUGUAGUUUGCUUAAUUUUAUUAUUAUACUUGAAUUUUUAAUCAUGGUUUUAACAAUGUAACUGAACAGACCAUUUCAUUAGGUUCCAAAGAGAAACCAUUCCUUUCAGAGGGCAAGGGAUUCCCGUGUUCAUAAUUCAUAAAUGACUUCUUCCCCCCUACCCCUGCCUUGGAAAAAAGGCUUUUUGUGGUCUUUUUGGGUUUUUUUGGUUUUUUUGUUUUUUUUUUUUCCCCCCCAUUUAAAUAGUUCAGUAUUAUGGAAACAAUUAACAAUUUCAAGAGGGCUUAUGUUAAAAUUUGCACAGAUGAUGGAGCACCUUUUUAUGAUGAAAAAAUGGGGAAAGACAACUUCAUAAUUAUAACUACGAUGGCUGAUGGAGACUAGUAGAGCAACUGGGCAAAACUGGGAGUCUCGUGCCUUUUCAUUUUGCAGAAUACCUGUUUUGCCAGUAUGACAAUGCUUUUUUCUUGAUUCUUGAGAGAGUAAAUUUCCUGCAGUGCUUCAAUCAGAAAAGCAACUUUUUUCUCUAAUUCUGUUGGGUUUUAGUGUGUGCAAUCAUUUAAAAACAUCUAAGUUGAAAACAAAUUGAAAUAUGUUUUCUGUUGAGGAGAUAAUAGAGAAUUUAGUCACAUAAGGGACUUUAUAUUGGACUAUUUAAAUAAAAUAUGUUUUUAUUCCCCCUCAGUUGCUGGUUAGCGACAAGAUUUCUUUGAGGCUUCAUGCUCCUUGUUCCUGCAUUGUACUCACAAGUUGCAUUUCAACAUCAUUCAGUUUCCUAAACACGAUUUAACCUGAUAAUUGUGGUCAGAGUUUAUUUCCAAGACUAGAUAUGUGAUUCUGAAGCACAGUUUCUAGAAAAGAGCAGAGACCAUGUUAUGUCAUGUAACAGGUUUUUUUAUAAACGUUGUUUUCUAUUUCUGCUGCACAAUUAGAAGUGUUAAAGCAAGCUUCGUUGAGUCUGUGAAAAUAAUUCCACCGCUUGACAGUUAGCAGUAGUAAUGCCACCACAUAACACUACCAGAGUAAAAUGUCUUAAUUCCAGUGAAGGAGUUAGAGACCUUGUUAGCUAAAGUUCAUUUUGAUUCAGUCUCUUCAAUUUGUAAAAGCUCCCUUAAAAACAAUAAAGCCCCCCAAAACUUCCCCCAAAGCAAAAGCUUCCUAAUAGAACGCAGCAAGAAUAACGCACGCUGGAUGCACACUGCCUUACGCAGCAUCGUGGGGUUCGUUGUGUGCCACCCCACCCCACCCGCGCACCUCCAACUGAAGUGAGAGUGCUCUUCAGACUCUGAGAUUAAUGGCUCUACAAGAUGAAGAAAGUUGCACAUUGUUAUGUAUUGGUGUCUGGCACUUAAAGUCUCGUUUUCCCAUUGCUGUGAUUGGUUGGGAGAUGUGUAAAAAAAAAAAAAACAAAAACAAAAAACAAA